CGUGCUUGGCUUAGGUUCCGGCGACAUGGCUAAACACACCAAGAAGGUCGGGAUCGUCGGGAAAUACGAAACCCGUUAUGGUGCCUCCCUCCGGAAAACGGUGAAGAAAAUUGAAAUCAGCCAGCACGCCAAGUACACGUGCUCCUUCUGUGGCAAAACCAAGAUGAAGAGACGAGCCGUUGGCAUCUGGCACUGUGGGUCCUGCAUGAAGACAGUGGCUGGCGGGGCCUGGACCUACAACACGACUUCUGCCAUCACAGUGAAGUCUGCCAUCAGAAGACUGAAGGAACUGAAAAACCAGUAAAAGUGCUACCAUUUGAUACACAAACCUACUAACUACAAUAGUGCACAGCCAACUAAAUAACAAAUGGGUUAAUUUACGUAACAAAAAAAAAAGAAAA